UCCAGCCUGAAGCAGCUCUCAGUGCCGUCCGGGCUGAAAGCAUCGGAGCUAUUUCAGACACAUUAAAAGGAUCACAGUCAAUACCUCAGCUGGUAGAAGAAGGUACCUCUUUCAGCAUCGAAAGGAGGUGCACAUACUCACUUGACGGGAUAAGCCUCUGUCUUAAAAAUGUCAAAACAGCCAGCGUCACAUGUCAGAGCCAUUCAGGCUAAUAUUAACAUCCCAAUGGGAGCAUUUCGACCUGGUGCGGGCCACCCUCAUAAAAGAAAAGAACUUACACCUGAAGAAGUGGAGGAGAGUGUUCCUGCUUCGACAGAGGAGGAGAAAGACAAGAAACAUCUCCCAGGAGCUAAGAAACUUCCAGGUCCUGCUGUCAACUUGUCAGAGAUUCAGAACAUAAAGAGUGAGCUGAAAUUUGUCCCCAGAGCUGAACAGUAGCUGGAACAAGCCGGUCUGAAAAGAGAAACCGAAUGGAUUCCAGUGAAUGGAGAUAAUUUGAUAUAUUUUAUAUAUUUGUAUGAAGACUAUGAACUUCCUAACUCUGCAAUAUCCCAUAGGAAGCAUCUUCUUUGUACAUUUAUAUCAACACUUUCUUGUCCUUUUUGUUUUACAUAGGAAAGUACUGCUUAAAUAGAACAGAACACAGAAACUAGCAAUGAAUGUGUAUAUGUUCAGGAAUGAUUUUGACCUGAGAACGGGGAAGAAUUUAAUUUGAAGUUUGAGCAAAAGUAAAAUAAAUACCUUUUUUUUUAAAAAAAUCAUUAUUUGCAAUUCACUUGGUUUCUUUCCUUUUGAAAAAAAAAUCAAUAUGGACGAAAGAGUUUUAAAAACAUUUGACAAAAUGCAGAAUAAAUGAGGAAUCACAAAAUCACAGCAUGGUAGGGGUUGGAAGGGACCUCUGGAGAUCAUCUCAUCCAACCCCCCUGCUUGAGCAGGCACACCUAGAGCAGGGGGCACAGGAACGCGUCCAGGCAGGUUUUGAAUGUCUCCAGAGAAGGAGACUCCACAGCCUCCCUGGGCAGCCUGUGCCACUGCUCUGGCACCCUCACAGGGAAGGAGUUUUUUCUCAUAAUCAGGUGGUACAGGAACGUAAUGUCGAAUUUCCUUUUGUGUGUUCCUGGUUAUAAAAUAGGAAUCGCGUAUCAUGUGUAAUAAAGGAAAAUAAAAUAUUAAAAGGGUUGGUCUACCUGAUGAGUUUAGCUAAAUUCUGCAUUUGUUGUAGAGCCAAAGUGUUUGUUUUUCUUGAUAAUCUAAAAUGCACUGGUGUUCUGACAUUUAUGCAUCACUUUUACUUUAUACAAUGAAAAUACAAGAUGUGAGCUAGCUGACAGAAAACCUGCAACCUUUAUUCAAAUGAAGAGGCCAGCCAGACUUGAUGGAACACGCUCAUGAAUACAGGUUGAAGAAUCACUGUCUUCAACAGCCCAAAUAACAAGGGGACACUGAAAUACUGUUGCUGAGCAAAAAUCAUGUAUGAUCACAGCAACUUUUACAUGUGAUGAUUCAUCCCUGACACUUGUUUUAUAUGGACUGUACAUAAAUAAGGACUGUUUGAUGCAAUUCUUUUUUCAGAAAUGAGACGUUAUUGUUAGAGAAAUUUAAUACACUGUGUUGCCUUGGCCUCUCUUGUGUUACUUACUGUGAAGGGAUAAGGGGAGCUGUUUUGUAAUAAUAUUCUUCUACCAUUGAUUGAAAACUAUUCUACGUGCUCUGAAACUCUCUGCCUGGGUCAUGUUUAUUCAAUUAAAAUAAAGAUAAUUAUUCUGGUUAGAAAACAGAUUUCAAGUUGAAUAUUACUAACAAUGCCAACCA